GAAAGUUAAAUCCCCUUCCCAUAGAAAACUCCACUUGGCUUGUACACACAAAUCUCCCCCGUCUGUCUUCUUCAUCGUCUAUGUACCCGGAAAACCUGAUGGAAUCUCCACCAACCGGAAAAUGGAAGCACUCUUUGCUCUACUUGGCGUUCAUCACCUUAAUACUACAUCUUCUUCAUAAUCUCGUAGCUCACAAGUUACUACUGGGGAACGACACCGUUCGAGUCAAGAGACACCCGGAUCUUCCCCUCCGGUUCCGCUCCGAUGGUACCUUCAAAAUCCUCCAGGUGGCUGAUAUGCAUUUUGGUAACGGAAUGAUGACUCGGUGUCGAGACGUGUUGGAGUCCGAGUUCGAGUACUGCUCCGAUCUCAACACGACUAGGUUUCUCAAGAGAAUGCUCGAAGCUGAGAAGCCUGAUUUCAUUGCUUUUACAGGAGACAAUAUAUUUGGGCCCAGCACCACUGAUGCUGCUGAAUCCCUUCUUGAAGCCUUUGGUCCUGCUCUGGAAUCUGGGCUUCCAUGGGCAGCAGUUUUAGGAAACCAUGAUCAGGAAUCUACAAUGAAUCGCCAGGAAUUGAUGUCUUUCAUCUCCCUUUUGGACUAUUCUGUCUCGCAAAUCAAUCCAGCAGCUGAAGAUCCCAUUACUCCUGUUAAAGGAGGCACGAUGACAGACAUUGAUGGUUUUGGCAAUUACAACUUGGAAGUAUAUGGUGCCCCAGGUUCACAUUUGAUGAACAGCAGCGUCCUCAAUCUUUUCUUUCUUGACAGUGGAGAUAGGGCAUUUAUUCAAGGAGUUCGAACUUAUGGAUGGAUUAAGGAAUCUCAACUUCGUUGGCUUCGUGGCAUUUCUCAAAGAUUUCAGGGCCAAAAGUGGGAUAGUGACCAAUCUUCUGAUGCUUUACCCCCAGCUACAUCUCCAUCACUCGCAUUUUUCCAUAUCCCAAUUCUGGAAAUUCGGAAGCUGUACUACGAAAAGAUUGUUGGCCAAUUCCAGGAGGGUGUAGCUUGCUCAUCAGUGAACUCGGGAGUCUUACAGACCUUUGUCUCCAUUGGGGAUGUGAAGGCUGUGUUCAUAGGCCAUGAUCAUACUAAUGACUUUUGUGGGAAUCUAGAUGGUAUAUGGUUUUGUUAUGGUGGAGGCUUUGGAUACCAUGGUUAUGGAAAGGCUGGGUGGCCCAGGAGAGCAAGGGUCAUAUUAGCUGAACUUGGCAAAGGUGACAACGCCUGGAUGGGAGUGGAGACGAUUAAGACAUGGAAGCGUCUUGAUGAUGAGAAGCUGAGCAAGGUUGAUGAGCAAGUCCUGUGGACCGACCAGCAAGCGAGAUGACUCCAAUACAGGUACUGGAAUACUGUAAUGACAUCCGACAAUGUUGUAUAUCCUCUUUGUACUGUUGUUAAAAUCAUUUUGAUAAGAAACCUCCUAGUGUCAUUGUACUGCGUUCUUCUUGUAAUUUAAGAUUAAAAAUUCAUGACAUAAGCAGGUUUAAAAGUUUGUGUUAACUUUACUUACCAAAACAAAUUCUGUUUUAAUUGUCCUUAGUGACAGGAGAAUACUUUUGGUUGCUAGUUU